GCCCUGGUGCCAGACGAUGAGAGAAGGAGGGGAGGCGAAGAGGCAGAGGAAGGGAGGAGAAGAGGAGGGAAGGAGGAGGGGAGGAAGGGAGGAGAAGAGGAAGGGAGGAGGGAAGUCGAAGAGCAGAGGAAGGGAAAGAAUGCUGGCAGAAGCACAGGGAGGUAGUGCUGCUCAGUUGGUAGAGCAUGGCGCUUGCAACGCCAGGAUAGUGGCUUCGAUUCCCGCUGGGGACCAAUAUGAAAGAAGUAUAAAAAUGUAUGCACUUACUACUGUAAGUCGCUCUGGAUAAGAGUGUCUGCUAAAUGACUAAAAUGUGAAUGUAGUGGGGUAGAAGCGGAGGGAGGUUAUGGUAAAGAGGAGAGAACAACUAGAGAGACAGGGAGGUGGGGAGGUGAGGAACAGCCAAGGUGAUGUCAGAACCCUCAGACUAAUUUCCCCCCCUGUGUCCCAGCAAGUGCUCUGUGUAUGAUGUCUGUGUUUUCAGAGAGACACAGCUCUCUGAACUACAUGAAUAUCUCUCUGCCCUAAUCUAGAUCUACCCUAAUAACUAUGCCAGUGUGUGGCUGUGUAUAUCUCUACGGCUCAGACAUGUCUUAUAGUGACUGGCUGGACUGUCAUGGCCGCUGGGCCGUCUCUGAGUUCUAGCUCCCAGUUCCCACCAUCAUGGCUGCAGAAUCCCCAAUUUAAAAGACUGUUGUGAUACCCUCUGUACAAUAUUGUGACAAAGCACACCAACCUAGUAGUAAUUGAUUGUGAAUAGUGAAGUAAAGCCUCCUGAGUGUGUCUGGGCGGUUGGUUGUGGUGGCAGGGGGGAUAUAGGAGUGUCUGUGGGGGUCAGGGCUGGGAGAUAAAAGGACAGGCUGUGGUUGGUCGCUUCAUGCUUCAGAGGUUCCUCAGAGAGAGGGAGAGGUCAGGAAAUGACCCCAGUACAAACACCAGGCACAUUGUUCAAGUUCAAGGUUAGGUUGAAUGGCACUUUUCAUUCUGUCUGUGCAACUGCCCUCCCCCGGCUGUGGGCUUUUUUCUAACAGUGGUAUUAAUUGGGGGGAAAUGUUGCUGUUGGGUCAAAUCAUAAGUUUGUGUUAUGAUAGCAUAAUUGACAAGCAAUUAGGUCAAUAUUAAUUGCAAUUACACGUUUGACUAUUUAAAAUUGCGUGAGGGCCUAACCAUGUAGGUUUUGGAUGGCUACUUGGCUCAAAGAAGCAAUCAGAUAAUUCAAUUUGCAAAGUGUGUUUGGAGGUAAGUCAAAAAUGGUCAGCAUUUUACUUUUUCGGAAUAGCUAUGGGAAUAGAUUUAUUCCCAGAGAUUUGAUUGCAAAUUUGGCUCAGCAAACAUUGAUACCUUAUGUGAGGUCAUCUGAUUGAGAAAACCCAACUCUUACUUCUGCCAAACUGCUGUAAGAUCAUAGUCCCAGACAUAGUGGAGGAGAAUCAGAUUUAGCUUUUUGUGUGUAUGGGAGCGUGUGUAAUUUGUGUGUGUUGUCUAUCUGUGUGUUUACCCACAGAGGAAGGGGAUUACAUGUAUUUUAUAGAGGAUGAGUUUUGGGAGGGGUGUGUGUAGGGGGCAGGCCCGGCCCUCCCUCCCCGAGAGCUGACCCGUGCUGAGCUGCAGUGUGUCUAUCUGUGCCCUCCCAAACCUCCCAGACAAUGGGUCAGAUGUCAGGCCGGGAAAUGCAACACUUCCCCUUCCCCUCCUCUCCUCUCCUCCUCUACUUCCUCCUUCCCCCUCUUCUCUCUUCUCUCUGUUGUGUCUGGUGGCUCGUCAGGUGCUGUUCAUUAACCCUUCACAGGGGACUUCCUGUCCCCAUCCCCCCCUCCAUCCCCAAAUAUAACAUGUAAUGUCUUAACCUCUCUAUUUAGAAUGUAUAUAUUUUUUCUUUUAGGAUAUUUAUUGCAUUGUCUAGGCCUGUUCAAGAUUAAUAUACUAUAGGAGGAUAAAUCACCAAAGAACAGGAAUGUAUAGACAAGGUAGAAUAGCCCCCCCCCCCCCCUUAAUUCCGCACACUGCUUAUGUAUGUGGUAAGGCCCUUGCUUUUCAAGGCUGUAAUUGAUGGUUUUGUACUCUCCGACUCUGUGCACAGUGCACAUGUGCACACACACCCACACUAUACACACAUACACACACUGAGGUACAUAAUUCUGGGUCUGAGUCAACCCUUUAACAGAAAGUCAAUAACAAUACAGGAAUGAUUAAUCAGGCCCUCUAUUCCCUCCUCCACUCUACCUCCAUCCCUCCAUCUAUUCCCCUCCUCCACUCUACCUCCAUCCCUCCCUCUAUUCCCCUCCUCCACUCUACCUCCAUCCCUCCCUCUAUUCCCCUCCUCCACUCUCUCUCCAUCCCUCCCUCUAUUCUCCUCCUCCACUCUCCAUCCAUCCCACCCUCUAUUCCCCUCCUCCACUCUCCCUCCAUCCCUGUCUCUCGCUCCCUCACUUCUCUCAACCCCACUCUCACCCUCUCUCAGCUAACUAUUGAUCUGAAUGCAUUUGCCUCCAAUUUAUCGCUCUAAACUCCCCCCUACACUCCCCCGUACACUCCCCCCCCCCCCCCCCCCCCCCCCCCCCCCGCCACUGCAGCCAGGCACAAAGACCCUCUCUCACAGGAGAUUCUGACACACACGCACACAUAGACACACGCACACACUAGAUACGUCAAUUUGUUUGUAAAAUCGUGUUAAUUGCAUUUUAUGUAUGUAAAAUUAUGCAUUUGUAUCUACAAUUAUGUAUUUUUAGCCCAACUAAAGCAGCAUAUUCAUAUAAGAUGUUUGCACAGCUACACAUUGCUGAGGGGAAGUCCGGUAGUCAGAAAUAGACUGUAUAUUAAUAAUUUAAGAUAAUAUAAUAUAUGUAAUUUAGCAGACGCUUUAAUCCAAAGCGAUUUACAGUCAUGCAUGCAUACAUUUUACAUAAGAAGAGGGUUAAGGUUCACUUCUGCAGUGUGGUGAGCACUCGUCCCCUUCCUAUGUAAAACACUCUAUGUAAUUACCAUUUUACAGACUUCGAAGUCUACAGUUAUACAUUACUACCUAAUUCAGAAAUCAGUUGUAUUAAAUAAGUUAAAUGGGAAAUGAUUUAUAAAGCUUUAUAAUGUUUCGGGGAUGCAGGUGCACUCUAAACCUCUUUGCAUGCAUGCGUAUGUGUGUACGUGCGUGAGUGCGUGCGCGUGUGUUUCGCCUCAACCUUUGUAAACCUGUGGCGGGAUUGAAAAAGGUUUGACUGACAGCUCCUUUGACCCCCCCCUCCCCCUCAUCCCCUAACCAUUCUAGUUGGUGGCAGUCAGGUUGCCAUGACACCAGACUGUUUUGUCUGCCCUUUGACCUUCCGAAGGGGUGCUGUGGUCAAUCAGGCAUUACAUUCGAUGGGCGAAAGGAAGGGGGAAAGAGGCAAGGGGCGAGGGGCGAGGAGUCGAAGAAGGGGGGCAGAGGGGCGCAUUUCCUCUCUAAAAAUGAGGUACAAAAGGUUCUUCUAUACAUCCGCUGUAUACACAGACAUGGAGAUGGAGAGCCGUGGAGGGGGGAGAGAGGGAGGGAUACUGAGACAAAGACACAUGUGCACACAGACAUGAAAGCUCGCUCCUCUCUCUCUCUCUCUCUCUCUCUCUCAAAUCUAGCUUCUUCUAUUUCUCAUUACCUUGUUCUGUUCACUCUCCAUAUCCCUCUUCUCUCUCUCUCUCUCUCUCUCUCUCUCUCACACACACACACACACACACACACACACACACACACACACACACACACACACACACACACAGGGAGGAGAGAAGUGAACUAGGCUGUGUGUCCCAGGGGGUGGAGGGGGUUAUUAUACUCAUUGUGCAGCCUGCCGGCCCGGCCAGCUGAAAACGUUUGGCUGCUGUGCCGUUUGAAGUUAUAUUUAUCAAGCAGAAGCAGGAGGCUCAGCUUAUACACUGAGAUCUGUGUCCUCUAAUUAUUGAGAAUGGGGAAGGACACGUGUUUGUUUAGACGGUAAAGUGAGGCUUAUUUUGAUAUUAGGGAUUGGACAUAUGUGCAGAUGUGUGUCAAAAUGCUUUCCUGAAACAUCAAAGAGGGAGAGGAAGUGUGAGACAGAUUAUAUUUCAACACACUACAUUUCUGAUACUUCAAAUACGAUGAAAAGUCUGUUUUUUUAUGCCAAUAUAUUUGACCAAAACGUCCCAUGUCAUUCACUUAGUGGUACUUUCAAAUAUGCGCAUAUGAUCAAUUAAAUCUGUUUAGCCUGUACAAAACAUUGCCAUUUUGCAUUGUGCUGAAUUAGCCAAUUAUUAAGUAAAUCAACCUGACUAAAUUGUAGAAAUGCAUUAAUGAAAGCACUUGAACUGAAUGAGACAGGCACUCUAGAUGCUGAAUGUGGAUUUGAGUGAAGUUCUGCAUGUGACAUUUAUUCUAAUUAAUUUACACUCUAUCUAUAGUGCUGUAUUAAUGAUCUCCUUGUACAGAUCAUACAGUAUAGCGUAGAUAGAUAAUUGUUCAUUUAAUUAUUUUGCCUGUUUAUUUACUGUAGAUGGUGAUAAUUGAUUGUGUAAUUUAAUCAUUUUAAUUGCAGCUGUGUUAGCCUGCUUUUGAUUUUCCUCAUUAGCAAUGACCUUUAUCUGACCCAUAGAAAAUAGGGCAUUGGACCUUUCUCUGCUAUGAGCACAUAUACUGGUGUCAUAAUAUUGACAGUGACUAUUAAAGGUGCGCAUCACCACCAUGGCCCGAAUCUGUGUUAACAUGUCGUGUAAGAUGCUGAGACAUAGAAAGCCUGCCAGAGCUCAGGAAGUUAGAGGAAACUAUUUCCCAGUGGUAAAUUCCCAUGUAAUAUUUCCAUUUCAAUCAAAAUACUGAUGUAUACUAUAGUGUGUCGCACUGAACCAUGUGUCUAUUUCUCUUCUGAAGCUGAGCAGUUAGAAUUGACGGUGAUUAAAAUGUCAUACUUUCAUGCCAGGGCGGCAGGUAGCUUAGUGGGUAAGAGCGUUGUGCCAGUAACCGUCUGCUAAAUUACUAAAAUGUAAAUGUAAACACUGGCAGCGGUAUUUGAAUUUGUGCAUUACGUUAAGUAGCUGUGCAAUUAUUUUCUUGACACUUGGAUCAAAUUGAAGCUGUUAUGAUUCAUAUGUUAUGAAUCUCCUCCCCUCUGGAAAGAAGUUGACUUAUAAUCUAUUGUCUGGAAAUAUCUGCCUCAUUCAUAUAGAAAUAUCUCACUCAUCGAUCAUAUGACUGGAAAACAACACUGUGUUUUUCCACAGCAGCUGCACCUCUACAGUACGUCUCUCUCUAAGCUCUUGUCCUUCCUUGUUUUCAGUGUGGGGACCUGACCCUUCACCUGACUGUCCUCUCCUGUCUUCCUGGUCCUCAGCAGAACAGCCAUGAGGUAAUAUCCUCUCCUCCUCUCUACCUCCAUCUAUUCAUUCAUCCAUCAUUCCAUCCCUCACUCCCUGCACCCUGGGUGUGGGAGGCAUCGACCCUUCUAACACCCAUCAGUCUAUGGUUUUAGAUAUCCUGUUUCUCAAUCUGUUUUAUCUUCUGUUUUCUGUCUGACAGACAGCUGUCUUGCUGCCUCUAUAGAAAAGCUCUACUAUCCCAUCUGCUUUAUGGAAAACCAGGGCUCUUCACCUCCCUGUUUCUGGCAUGACUCAUGCCCAUUGUGCUGUGGUGACUACAGUGUGCUUGUGAGACUCCUGGUUUCUAUGGUUUUUACCAUAGCUGUAUAUAGUCCAUGUACAAGAAAUAGCCAUGACUAGCAGGAUUACUAUUUUCUUCUCAACCUUGCAAUACACUGCCUGCAAUUAAAAAAUAUCCCACUUUUAAUACAUAUAUUUUUUAAUGUAGUGUAUUUAUAUCAAAGGAGCUAUUUUCAAAAUCCACAUUUGAGUAGAGAAGCCUACAGAAGGUUAUUAACCCUGCAGUGUACAGUGCAAUGUAGUGUGUAUGAAUGCUGUUACCCAUGGCUGUCCACUCGUACACUAAAACCAUACUAACCUCCAUCUGAAGCACACUUUGUGUAAAUGUCUAAAAUUCCCAUUUCCACAUCAGGUAAUGUAAUGCACCCCGACUGGGAAGGGCUAGGGGCACGCCUGGCACACCAGCCUGGCCCGGGCAGAGAUUGACAGCUGUGCCCUAGCAACCAUUGGUUUGGCACAUUGCCAAGCCGACAGGGGUUUCCAGGGAAGAGGUUCCCAUGGCAACGCUCAUUUUGCCACUUUGGUUGGCGUACUUACAAGGUUGGCGUUGGGCAGAUUAAUGUGUGUUACAGCAAUGCUGCUCUCAGCUGGAAAAUCCAAUGCAUAUUCCAGCAGAUUGGAGCUCUACCCGUCUGCACGGCACGGCAUUACCAUGGCGCUUUUAAAUGACAUAGCUAAAUUAGUCCCAUCUGAUGGUCUUUUAUGCAGUAAUCACUUCGAGACCCUAAGGAGUGGCAUUAGUGACUUUUAAUUAAUUAAUUAUUUACCGUAUAAAGUCUAACACAGAUGUUUGAAUUUCCACACUCAUCCAGUAAUGUAUCCAUUCAUUAAGUGUCAAGGAAAUAGUACAAUCUGUGAGUCAUAUUUUAGAGACUGAUUUCCAGCAGACCAGACACUGCCUAAUAGCCUAGUCUUCACUUCAUCAACUGUUUUUCACAUAGUCUCUCCAUCCGACUGCGCUAGUUGGUGCAUUCCCCACAAAAUGUCUCUCCCAUUCACACAUCCUCUGGAUGUACUGAAGGGUAGCUACGAUGAUCAGAGGGUUUUGAAUUGAAGGGUUGAAUGGAGAGAUAUAAACUGACAGAAUACUGCAUGUAAUAGUGUGGUAUAGGUCUGUGAGGGUUUAGGAGUCAAUUGCAGGCAGAAUACUAUGUAGACUACAACAACCUUCUAGGGGCACACACCCGCCACAGCCCAGACACUUAAAGUUGGCCAGCUCCCUUGGUGGAAUUGCCUCAAGCCCCCAGACACACAGACAGACCUGCCGAGGAAAGAGAGAGAGAGACGACGAGAGAGAGAGAGAGAAUGAGCAGGAUAGCGGAUAACGGCACAACCACGCUGCAUUUCUGCGUGACUUGACUGUGAAAAAGAUUGCAGGCGGGGAGUCGAGCGGAGGAAGAGGAAGGAGGGGGAUGAAAGACAGGAUGGGGUAUGUAGAGAGAGGGUGACAAAAAGGAUAAGAGGCGGGAAAGGAGGAGUGACGAGGGCGGGCGAGGAGAAAAAGGUCAGCUGAGUGGAGAGAGGGAGGGGCAGGGAGGCGAGCACUUUGGGACAGGAGAGAGGCACGAGAGGGGGUGAUGGUGGAAAGGAGAAGGGGGGAUUAGGAAUUUGAGCACAGUCCAAAAGGGGGGGAGGGGUGUGAAGAGGAAGAGGACGGAGGGGGAAGAGAAACAUUCCACCUGGCAACGUUUUAAUGGUUCUGCUGGCAUGGCCAUGGUAACCCUGGCAUCAUCUGAUUGGCUGAGGGAGUGUUCUGAGGCUAGAUGUGUCUGGGUGUGUCUCGCUCUCGCCGUUCACACACCAGCCUCAUCCACGGAUAGCUAGCUAUAGUUCAAAGAAAGGUCUGCAGAAAGAUAGGUUUGGGCAAAACAUGGUCACGGAUCUUUAUUAGUUUCCUUCUUGCUAAUGUCAUCUGACAACCUUCGGCUGGCAGGACGACAUCCCUCGCAGCAGCCUUCCCAAACUCCACACGCCACACAAACACAGACAGACUGCUUUUCAAAGGCAGAGAGAGAGUCGCAUAGCUACAAUCUCACAGCUUCACUUCAUGGCUUCAGCUGGGCACCUGGAGGGAUUUGAACCUAUAUCCUCAAUGCUAACGAUAUGCGUCAGUAUUAAUUGCACAGGCAGUGCCGUUCACAAACUGUGGGAAAGCAGGCCGUUAUGGCACAAACACACAGUGUGACUUUGUCAUUGCAGGCCCAUUCACUUUAGAGCAGGUCACUGUGCUUCCCAUUCAACCUUUGCAGCAGAAAUCCAUUUAGCUAAAUGAGUCAACUAAUUUGGUUAAAACCCUGCAGGGUAGAGGCUCCUGAUAAACACAGAGGAACAAUGACAAGCAUCGUCUCAAAUACAUUUGUGACUUUGGAUUUGCAGACGUAACCACAUGGAAAAAAAAAAAUGCUUUAUUUUAUCAAAUGUUCAAUAACUACAUCAACUAUAAUUUUGCCUAAAGCUAUUCUGACAACAGCACAUAGAAGGAGGACAGCUAUUUUUGACUGGUAUUUCAUUACAUUUCAUGAAUGUGUUUAUAUCAUAAGAUAUACCAGAAGAGGAUAUGCAACCACAUUGUGUAUAAUGACAGUAAGAGAUAAUGCAUUUAAAACCAUUAUGGGGUCAGAAUAGAUAUUUCGGGCCACUUUGUAGUGAAGUGGGUUAGGUAGCACUGUGUUGUGAGACUAGCGUGAUGCUUGUUAGAGUGGAGCUAAGAGAGAGAGGGGACAAAGCAAGGUCAGUCUCCACAAGAGGGCAACAGUGCCCCAGAAAUGAUUGCAUGGUGCUUGGUUGUAGCAGUUGUGCACAGUUUGUAGCAGUUGUGCAUUUAUAAUAACAGUGUGUGUGUGUUUUCUGUAAAAUGAUAUGUCUAAACUCCCCUAGUAUGUAUUGUAUGCUAUCAUCAUCACCAAAGACAUGUCUAUAAACAGACAUAUUCUAUAUUGACCAUUCAGACAAACAGACCCACAGACAGACAGACAGACCAGAUAGACAGACAGACAGACAGACAGACAAGACAGACAUAGACAGACAUAGACAGACAGACCAGACAGACAGACACCUGGCCGGCUGGUGAAGACGUGGCAGAGGGAGUGCUACUACAGAGUGUGCUGCGGUGUGAGGUAGUUGGUUGUAUGGUUUCACAUAAUAAACAGGCCGGAGAUAACUGUACAACCUUCUAGCUUUCCCCGCGGUGUCACCACAACCUACAGUAAGCACCCCUGGAGUCACACCACCAAGCCAACACUGUGGUAAGUAUAGGACCGUCCGAGAGUACAUGACACAACACACAGAGGCUAGUUUAGGUCACACACAAGACAACAUUUGCUAAAAAAUAUUUCAUUAUGUGAUCCAUGUGGUUUGUUCUGUCGCGGAAGGUUGAGUUGAGUUGGAUUCAAUUGAAUGCAAGAGCUGCCUUCUGUCUGGUCUCUUUAGCUUCCUCUAGUAUCAUUCACAUCAGUCCAUUUUAAUAGCAUGUGUCUAGUAGCUACAGUACAGUAUCAGUGAACUGUCCAGGCACCAUGGAGUUAAGGCCUUACAGCCCUGUGUUAUUACAUAUCACUACUCUGGGUCAGUAAGUGGUACUAUGUAUUGUACACUGCACAGCCCCCUUACUGUGGGCUAUCUUUCCUUGAAGGCCAAAAUACUGUCACAGAGCUCUCGCUUUAUAGGUGCCUCUUAAAGUCCUUAACUAGACCUUUAGAUCCAAUAUCGUACUGUAUUAUACUCCACAUGAUAACACACCUCUAUACUGCAUUCCCUCUCUCCUGCAGCCAUUUGACUGGAGUCUACUGGCUAAAACUAGUUAAAGCGGUCGUUUUCAGUCGUUACCACACUGUCAUUAUUCUGCAGCCUGUGCGCUGUGUCCUCUGGCUCUGUGGUUCUGAUCAAUGAUACCCAGAAUUUGCCCGCCCCUCUGAAAUAGAGAAUUCACUAACGCCUGCCAUACAGGGUAACAAUAUCAUAUCACAUCCCAAUAACUAAUCAUUCUAGCUAUGUAACUGGGUGUCAUACAUUCAUUCUGUGUAACAUGAUCCAUGUCAAUGGCUUUCUCAGCUGUGUUCUUCUCUCUAAUAUCACACCAGAACAUGUACUCUUUGUGUUCCAUUUUCCUGAGGUUCGCAGUCACAGUCAGAGAAAUAUAUCAGUUGCUUGCGAACAGCCAACCCCUCACCACCCUCCCAGAAGCCCCCCUCCUCCCCUCCCGCUGCAUCCUCCCCUUCACACUAACUCACCCAACCUCCGCCUCCCCCUCCCUCCCCCAUGCCUCCUCUCGUCCCCCCAGUGUGUCUGGGCUAGUAGCUAAGACAACAGGCCAUCCGCAUUGCGUUGUGGCUCCUCUCCUCCUCUCGUCUCCUCUCCUGGAAGGGACAAUCAGAAUUCUGCUGAUUCGGUGCCGUCGUGGCGCUGCUCUUUAUCAUACCCACAACGCCUUUCUCCUGCUGCUGUCCCAGACAGAUGCACCUUUGUCAAAUGCAUGACGUGUCGAGCGAGGAUGGGGAAGGGUUGCGUUUUCUCCUUCUCUCUCCUUCUGUGUUCUUGUCUCUGUAACUGUUGUAUCCUCUGUCUUUUUAGAUCGAUAGGGAGUUGCGAUUUCUUUCUUUGUCUCUGUUCUUGUAUCUCGAUCAUUGUGGCACAGAGAGGAGAUCUGGAUAUCACUGAUUGGAUGUUAUCCACAUGGCUGAUCAGAGCUCAUUGGCAGUCUGGGUAGAUAAUGCAGCUAGCCUACACACACACACACACACACACAACACACACACACACACACACUCACUCACUCACUCACUCACUCACUCACUCACUCACUCACUCACUCACUCACUCACUCACACACACGCUCACAGCCAGCUGUACAGGUAUCUAUGUGAACUGUAUGACAUUGAUCCAAACAUAUGCAGUGCAACAUGCUAGUUAGAACAGCCCAGACCUGAGAGGGGGGGAUGGACCGACUCAGACCAAUGACGUCACAUCUUCUCGAACACUCUUUGUGCUGUCUGACAGUGGAGUGAUGCAGUGCAGAGAACAGCCGCCGGCAGAUGCACCUGUCUAGGACAGCAUAUCUGUGUGCAUCUGUGUCUCUCUGUCUCAAAGCCCCAGCACCACGAGUGGCUCUUGCUUUUUAAGUGCAAAUGUCUCCGAGAUAGCUACCAGCCUGGAGUGGUAGGCUCAGAAACAGAUACAGGAAGGUAUGCUGGCACUCACUCUGUCAGGCGAACAGCUGUGAGCUUGGAAAUGAAUGUUCUCCCUUUAUAUUCAAAAAGAUUGCGCAGGAUUUGUCUGGUAAUGAUGGUGUCGUUGGUGUCGAUGGUGCUGGUUUUGGUGUGUUUUCUGGAAUACUCCAUUCAGCUGUUAUUGACUUCACUGCUUAACAAGGUAUUUUUCUGAUGUUAUAUCAGAAUGGACGAGAGGUUCCAGUGAAGGAUCUGUAUUAAAAGCCUAGUUGAAUGAUACAGAGGAUCAGUCUAAUGAAUGAUCUCCCCAUGUAGGACUCUUUGAUGUCUGAUAGGAUCUCCUUUGUCUGUUGAUGGCUGUUGUUUUCCUGGUCAAUAUGCCUCCACUCCUCAACCCCCACCUGCUGGCUGCUAAAUCAAGAUUACAAAACAGCUAUUAUCAUUAGAGCAUAGUUUAUAGGCUAAAGAGAACUCUUGCCCAGGGAGAAUGUACUUGGUUGCACUCAAAGUCUCUCACACACACACACACACACACACACACACACAUAUGGAAGCAAGCACUCAUGCACACACACAAAGACACACACACACACACACACAUGAUUUAGACACUCCUACGCCCUCAAAGACUUGUGCACAUCGGUGAUAGUCUUUACAGUGUAACAAGGUUAGAGCACUUUAUGACCAAUCAUGAUGCUUACACAUCAAACGUUACAUUUAUGCCCCGUCUCUCUGAACAGACAACCAAGUGGCUAAAUUUGAUUCUGUUUCAGGUCCACAUUCCCCUCAGGGGCCCUGUGAUUCUGUUAUACAAUAAACACAUAUGUACAAAUGAGGUAACAAGAUGUUCUCUCUGAGGACCUGAGAGCAACACAGAUAUCCCAGCAGACUGCCAUGAGCCUGGCAUCUGCCUUUGAAUAUUACCAGCCGUUAAUGCUAGUUUCUAUGGGAAUAAUGGCUAUUCCAUAUUGAACUAGACUGUACAUUUUUACUGUAGUAGUUUGCAUGUUUUACUCCGUUAUUGAUUUGGUCCUCCUAUCUGGGCGGUUUAUUGGGUGUUUUUUCUGUCAUUGUACUGUAGAGCGAUUAAUGGCUGGAUGAUUCAUGUAAAACAUGGAAGGCAGCGGUGAUAUCAGGAUCGCAGGUUCAUGUGCUCUCCUUUGGCUUGGUGUACCUUCCCUUCUCACCCUGUUUGAAAUUCUGACCCUCCCCCUCCAUUCCCUCUGCUUCCUAGCCUCUCUGACACCCUCUAAGCUCCCCCUGUCUAACACACACAUUUCUCCUCAUUCCCAGACACACACACACACACACACCAGCACAGAGCCCACAGACUGCAAAGAGGGGACUGGGCGGUUAAGAAAAUGUAUACACUCACUAACUGUAAGUCGCUCUGGAUAAGAGCGUCUGCUAAAUGACUAAAAUGUAAAAAUGUAAAUGUAAGUGGAGACUUGAGAUUCGAAAAACAUGAGAUAGAAAGCGAGAGGGAUAUGGAGGGUAAGAGAGAGCGAGAGAGAGAGAGAGAGAGAGAGAGAGUGAGAAUGGGGACAAGGCAUGUAAAAGUGGGAGGGAUGCUCAGAGCAGAGAGAGGAGACUGGAGAAUGAGACCAUGAAACCAAGAAGGAGGGGGAAAGCGAGAAGACAGACUUUGUGUGCAUGUGUGUGUGUGUAUUUAUGUGUGUGUGUACAUGUGUGUAAGACAGUUUGUGUGUUUUUUUCGGGGGGGGGGGGGGGUUGUGUGUGCCAAUGCAUGCAAACAUAUAAGUUCAUGUGUGAGAGUGUGUGUGUGUGUGUUUGUGUUUCCGGUGACACAGAUUGACGGAGGGAGAAGACAGAGGCUGAGGUGACUGUGCUGGUGGCGCUGGGGGAGGUAGGUAGAGAGUAGAGCAUGCAGGAUAAUAGAAUCAAUACUAUUGUCUGUAACAUACCUGCCGUUGGGCUUUCUGUCUGGCCCCAGUAGCCAGUCAGCCAUCAGACCCAGCCGCCGUAGAGCAAAGACAGAGAAAGAGAGAGGGGAGAGGGGGACAAAGAGAGAGAAAAGGAGGGGAAAGGCAGGCAUGCCGCCUUCUUUUUUAUUUGCCGCCUCAAAUGAUGGUGAAUGAAGAUGGAGUGUUGAAAAAGGCUAAGUUUGAUUCUUUGUGUUUUUGAAACCUUUGUGUUUUUGAAACCUUUGUGUUUUGUUUAGUGCCUCUGACGCCAACAUGCACUGGAACUUUGGAUAAAGGAAGAUACCGUCCUUUUGUGUCUCUGUGACUGUAUUUGUGUGUAUAUGCAUGUGUGUGUAUAUGCAUGUAUGUGUGUCUCCAUGUGUGCCUGUGUCUGUGUGUGUGUUUAAUCAACAACUGAACCAUCAGAGGAGAGAGGGACAUAUUGUCCACAUGUCUGUGUCGGUGUAGCUGCUACUGUAUGUGCUCAUCUUGUUUCUCCUCCAGAUUCCCAGAUUGAUUUAGACAAUCUAUCUCUGCUUUUUUGCGUUUCUCUGUCUCAAAUGAUCUUUCUCACACAUUGAUGAUAUUCCACUAUGCAUUUAGAAGGAGAAGGGGGAUUGGGAAGUCCUUCAAUUUUUUUUUAAGGAAUUGAUGGAGAGAGGAAAUCUAUAUUGGUAGACAUUUUGGUGCAGUUUAUAAGUAUAUGGCUUAUAUCUGCACCUGCGUACACACCAUAUGUGUGUUCAAAAGCAGAAUUUAGUUUGAGAUUGUGGUAUUGCGGUAAAAAUGAUAUUUACAGAUCCAACUGAAGUGUAUUAAUAAUAUGGACGUGUAACUUGAACCACAGAUAAAUACAUAAUUCAUUGGUGUGUGAAAUUGAGAUACAUGUCUCUAAAUGUCUCUGCUUUCCUUUCUAUAAAGACUGAACUCACCCGGUUUCAAAUUGUUCACAUUCAUCAACAUCUAUUUAUUUCUGACACCUAAACUGACACGGCCUAAACUUGAUUCUUUCUUUAACUCAUUGAUUGUAUUUUUCUCUUUAUUUGACAUUAUUGUCACAAAGAGAAUUUACCUGUGUAAGAGAGUAAGUCAGUGUGUCAGUCAGACUGUCUACCAAUAGGUGGCACUGCUUUGCCAGAUUUUCUCUCACAGAACUUUUGCUCUUGGCACUAUAGUAGGAUAUAUUUGGACACAAUGUACUUGAGUAGUUAUUCAACAAAUAAACAUGUUUGAGAGAAGUGUAUGUACAGUAACAUGUUCGUAUUUCAUAGGGUUUGACUGUCCCUGAGAAUGACGUAAUUUCAUUCCCUCCCUCCGCAGGUAGAGUCGGACAUUUUGGAGAAUUGCAUCCAGUGACUUCUUGCUAAGAUGGAUCCGAAGGCUUCUCUCUUCACCCUUCCACAUCCUCCUUUAACCCUACACGACCAUCAUGUCCUGUGUCCCCAUCUCACCCGGUGAGUGAGAACAUAGCUCCUGUCCUUCAUCUGAACCACUGUCAGACUAACAAAGGCAACAUCUACCUGUAAUUGUCAGUUAAGACAGGGAGACAGUGGCUCAACCAGUAGGAGAGAAGAGAGAAAAGGGAGGAUUGCUCUUUAAGUCCUAGAAAGCAGAUUUAGCCAUUCUUGACCAGUAGCUGGUUGCCCCUGCUGUUGUUAAAUAGCAGAGCAGACCCACACAAUCAGGCUGGAGAUUGUCAAGUGUUACAUAGUGGUAUCUUAAGUGUAGAGGAAUUAUACUGACUGGGACUAUUUUAUUCUGAUUGACAUGGCUCAGUGGACUGCCUAGGAGGUCCGUCGAGGCAAACGUCUCAAAAGAGCUAUUAGAGAACUGAUUCAGAGGCGAGGUUAUUAAGAGAGUAUAUUACAUAUUAAAAUAAUAUAUUAGGUAUGUAUACACACUGUCAAUCAGUAUAUAUCUAGAAGGUAUGUAUUAUAUUGUAUGUUAUACCACAGCGUUGUUGAAUACUCGUUUCUGAUUGGCUAGAAGGGCAUUCUAGAAUGGACAUUAACAAGUUGUUAUACAGAAUGUUUGGAGUGCAUAUUAAUUAUAUUACAUGUUUUAUAUUUAUCAGAUUUGCUGUGUUUCUGCAGCAAACCCACACAGGAGCCGGCCGGUUGCCGCAGAAUUGCAAAUGUCAGAUGAGGUCAUAGCUUUGUGUUGUCGGUGCAACGAUGCGGUUCUUUUUUCUGUCAUAAAAAGGCGUUUCAUCCAUCAGACCACGUUUGCUAAUGUGAAACGCCUGCAAAACUACUUUUCCCAGCAUGCCCCUCUGUCCCUGAGACCCUUAACCUGUGAGGUCAUAGUAGGUCACAGGUGAGGUCCUCGGGAACAGGGCUGCGUUCAUGUUCGUCAUUGUAGAGCAAAAGAAGAGAAGAGUCGCUGUGGGAAAUGACUUACUGUUUUUAUACGUCAAUGAACUCCUUGCUAUUUCCCAUUGACUGUUCCAGUAUAAAGAAUGCAAUGUAUAGAGUCUAAACUGGUGUUUCCUUUUAAAGUGAUCAUAGUUAGAGUUGCUUCCACACAUCUGAAUACAAAGCAAAAUCCCACUUUGACACAGUGGUUGGAUGUCCCAUGUCUUUGUAUAUGAAAAUGGUACACACAGCCCCAUCCAUUCCUCAGGUCUCUACUGAAUGUUGCAGUACUUAUGUACUUGUCUGAAGUGUGAUUCCCUCUUAACAACAAAUACCUGUGGAAGAGGAUUUCUGUCUGUACUCUCCUACUGCAGGAGUGACCUCAGGGGGCCCACCCUAUUGGCUGGCUUUGUGUUCUAACCCAUCAUGGGAGCCAAUCAGAAGACAGCCAAGGGUGGUGACCCCGUCAAAGUUAUCAUCGUCGAAGACAGCUAAUGAUCCAAGUGAAAUAAAGUAUCUAUACACUGUUACUGUAUUUUGUUACUGUAUUUUGUUUACUGUAUAAAUUGUGUGUCUUAAUUCCUAAAUAAAGACAGAGUAAUGGAAACUGUGUGACAGUCUGUGUGAACAUGUGAAGAGGAGCAUGCUAUGAGCUAUGUCUGGCAGAUCUGCACGUGAGAGACUCCAGAGGUGUAAAACAUGUUAUCAUCUAAUUGAAGACUUCAUGUUAAUGUGGCUGCUUACAUUUCCCGUCUCUAUCUCUCUCUCAGCUUCUGCAGAGUAAUUGAGGUAUUAUGGCACUGAAGCACUAAAAACACUAUUUCCACUGCAUGAUACUACAGCUGCAAAGCCAUUAGCAAACAUUUAACAUAUCCCGGACUAUCAUCUUGGUAAUGUAUAAACAUGCAGUCAUCUAGAAAUAUUAUCCUGCUAACCUCCCAGUCACACACUAGAUAUUAAUGGAGAGGAUUUAAAUCCUUAAAGGUAAAUAAACAGAACUGAAUGAACAUUUAGCUGUACUGCAUGAAGUGGCAAUUUAUUAAAGUGCCCUUGUUUGCUACACACACACAGACACACACACACACACACACUCUCUCGCUUUCUCUCACACUUGCCUUCUCUCUCUCUCUCUCUCUCUCUCUCUCUCUCUCUCUCUCAUACACACAAACACACACAGGCACACACAUGUAUUUGUGGCCCUCCCUCCCCAGCUGGGAAGCCAGGGAGGCUGCCUGACUGGUUGUCUAACUCUGGCAGUCUUAGCCAAUAUUGAUUAGCUUGUCUGUGUGGAGACAGAUGAAUGCAUUAGUACCCAGCUCACCAUGCCACUGGAGAUAUAUUAACUUGGUGUAUUAGGCACCCUGUCUGGUUACCAUGGAGACACACCGAGAGAAAGAGAUGGGGAGAGUGGGGGUUGUGGGGGAGGGGUAGGGGAAAUGGGAUGUGAUGAGGCAGUGGGCUUGAUUGGUAGUCUCUCUCUCUCUGUUCUCCUUUCUCUCUCCUCUGCUGUCUCAUCAUCUCUCUUCUUCUCUCUCUCCAUGUCUUUAACCUUUUUUUUUCAAUCUCUCUCUCUCUUUCUCUCGCACUUUUUUCCAUCAAUCAUUAUCUCAUUGAUUUCAGUGUCCUCCACUGCGCAGGGUUUAUCCCUCUUAGCUUUCAUUUCCCCUUCUGUUCCCCUUCCCUCUCCAUCUCCAGACCACCAGUGAGCCUUUCUCCUUUCAGUUUUGUUUUGGCUCCCUCAUAGACAAACUUCCACUCUGUAUCGUUACACUUUCAUGAGCAUUUUACACUCUCUCUUCACCCCCCCCACCCCCUAGUUUUCCCCUCCCCCUUCCUUCCUCCCCCCUCCCUCUCUCACUCCAUCCCUCUGCUCUGCAGUAAAACUGGUGCAUUGUGGUAGCAGAGAGAGGGGACCAGAGACAAUGGAAUGGAGAAGAAAGGUGGGGAAACCAACACAGGCAAAGGGAAGGCUUUGGUGCUCCUCCUAUACCUAGCCAUGAAGUGGGAGCGCAUUUAACAUGUAGUACACUGUCAUUGUCAGAUAUAAGUGGAGUGGUUUAAAGACACUUACACCUCAAGUGUAGAUGAACAUCUGCUCUGCACAAAGCACCAUGGGACCAAAGACACAGUAUUUCGUUCAGUGUGUCAUGCAAAUGGAAUGGCCAUGGAAUCUGAAUUAGAAUUCUAUGCGAAUAUCUGUAUCUCAGUGAUAUCCUUUAUGACAUCAUACAUUGAUAUUCAACACCACAACAUUCUGAGUAAGUUUUGGAACCUCAACCAACUUUUUCCACAUGACAGCACAUCAUCCUGAAGAUGUGGAAGUGGGGGUUGUGGGUUCUGUAUGCCAGCACGUUGUUCAACCCCUCUUCUAGCUGCUAUCAGUGCUUUGUGGAGGUUGAAGACAGUAUACGUCUGUGUUGGGGACACGUCCUCACCCAAUACAACAUUCGAAAUGUAGACUCGUGCUUUAAAAAACUAGGGAAUAUAUUCAAUAACAACCAGAAGGUGAUUGAGGCAGGGCGAGUUGGUGAGAAAACUGAUCCUGUUUUACUUAGGCACAGUAAUUUGGCUCCCUAGAUGGGUUAUAAAAUAAGAUGAUAAGAACUUGGAACUUUGUAUUUCUCAGGGAAAGGCUACGAUCAGAAGCUGAAGGAGAUCCUAAAUGCUGAGAUCAUGCCCAUGGUGGAGGAAUUUGACAAGAAGAAGAAUGAUGGUACAAGUCCUGCUGUCUGCAUCACUCCCAACAAAAUAGUCCCUCCAAAAUGGCUGAAUACUCUUAUGUGCUUUCCUCACUCUAAUGGUGUUGGGAGACGAUAUUAAAUAAAUGUUUUGGAGAGAGAGUUAGAUUAUUACUGUGGAUUUUGUGUUAUGCAUACUGUAACACAGUCAUGAAUGUUCAAAGUUUGAUCAGAAAGAAUACUUUGCCUUCCAAGAAUGGAAUGGACAUUUUAUUUGAUGCACACAACCACCCAUUACUAUGUAUGACUAGGUAUGACUGUGAGAUGUGGUUGUCUUACAUAGCUACCUUAAGAUAAAUCCUCUACAGAUGUAGGAUCUUAACUUGAGACAGUUUGCUACGUACAGGUGGCCUGGCGGGUAGGAACGUUGGGCCAGUAACCAAAAGGUUGCUGGAUCGAAUCCCAGAGCUGACAAGGUCAAAAUCUGUUGUUCUGCUCCUGAGCAAGGCAGUUAACCCACUGUUCCCUGGGCGCCAUGGAUGUUGAUUAAGGCAGCCCCCCGCACCUCUCUGAUUCAGAGGGGUUGGGUUAAAUGCAGAAGACACAUUUCAGUUGUACAACUGACUAGGUAUCCCCUUUUCACCCCUGCAGCAGGAAAAUACUCCUGCAGCAACAGGAACUGUUAAUUAUUAUGUGCAUCAUAAUUAAUUAACCUUUGUGUAGGGGUUGAUACAUUUUUCUUAAGGUAAAAACAAGUCUGAAAUGUCAAAGUGUAAAUUGUAAACUUCAGAAGCAUUAAAACCUCAAAUACACUACAUGUUUUACAUUUCCUGCUUUGCAGGGAAGUUCCCCUGCAACAGGGUGAUCAAAUUAAGAUCCUACAUCUGUAACUGUAAGUCGCUCUGGAUAAGAGUGUCUGCUAAAUGACUAAAAUGUAAAUGUACUGUGUAUAACUCUCUGUCAAACUUCCCCACGCCCCAGCAGCUCAUCUAGUGCAUCAUUAUACAUUCUGAUUUCCUUGUUUUACACUGGGGGCAGAUGGAUGUAGCAGCAGACUAUUAGAUUAUUUCAGCUCUGGUAAAAAUGGACAAAAAUGUAGCAAAGUUGGAAAUUUGGGAAAGAAUCUGGUAGAACGCCGGGGGCCACACACACACACACACUCACGCACACUUCCAUGGGAGCAAUUGAGAUAUAUUUUUCUCUCCUUCUCUCCUCCUCCUCUCUAUCCAUCAGACACAGUGUAUGACGAGAGGUUACUGACAGCUGCAGACAAUUUCAUUGCGGCUGCCUUCAAACUGCCUAGAGGUGAGACGAUCCCCUCCUCUCCGUUGUAUUUCCUUUCCCUCACUACUACGUCACACCAUAUUUCAAAACCUUUCUUUCACAUCCAUGCCUCCAUUACUUGCCAUGGGGUGUGUAGCAUCAGAGUAAUACCUUCAUUCUGCCCUUUUCCCAACCUGUCAUCUGUGUGAUGGGCUCUGUAUAGUAUGGGCUCUGUAUAGUAUGGGCUCUUUAUAGUAUUGGCUCUGUAUAGUAUGGGCUCUGUAUAGUAUGGGCUCUGUAUAGUAUGGGUUCUGUAUAGUUUGGGCUCUGUAUAGUAUGGGCUCUUUAUAGUAUGGGUUUUGUAUAGUAUGGGCUCUGUAUAGUAUGGGCUCUGUAUAGUAUGGGCUCUGUAUAGUAUGGGCUCUUUAUAGUAUUGGCUCUGUAUAGUAUGGGCUCUGUAUAGUAUGGGCUCUGUAUAGUAUGGGCUCUGUAUAGUAUGGGCUCUUUAUAGUAUUGGCUCUGUAUAGUAUGGGUUUUGUAUAGUAUGGGCUCUGUAUAGUAUGGGCUCUGUAUAGUAUGGGCUCUGUAUAGUAUGGGCUCUGUAUAGUAUAGGCUCUGUAUAGUAUGGGCUCUGUAUAGUAUGGGCUCUGUAUAGUAUGGGCUCUGUAUAGUAUGGGCUCUUUAUAGUAUUGGCUAUGUAUAGUAUGGGCUCUGUAUAGUAUGGGCUCUGUAUAGUAUGGGCUCUUUAUAGUAUGGGCUCUGUAUAGUAUGGGCUCUGUAUAGUAUGGGCUCUGUAUAGUAUGGGCUCUGUAUAGUAUGGGCUUGAUAGUAGGGCUCUGUUAUAGUAUGGGCUCUGUAUAGUAUGCUCUGUAUAGUAUAGGCUCUGUAUAGUAUGGGCUCUGUAUAGUAUGGGCUCUGUAUAGUAUGGGUUUGAUAGUAUGGGCUCUGUAUAGUAUGGGCUCUGUAUAAGAUGGCUCUGUUAUAGUAUAGGCUCUGUAUAGUAUGGGCUCUGUAUAGUAUGGGCUCUGUAUGUAUGGGCUCUUUAUAGUAUGCUGAGUUGGCUUGUAUAGUAUGGGUCUUGUAUAGUUGGGCUCUUAUUGGUCGUAGUAUGGGCUCUGUAUAGUAUGGGCUUGUAUAGUAUAGGCUCUGUAUAGUAUGGGCUCUGUAUAGUAUGGGCUCUGUAUAGUAUGGGCUCUGUAUAGUAUUGGUCUGUAUAGUAUGGCUCUGUAUAGUAUGGGCUCUGUAUAGUAUGGGCUCUGUAUAGUAUGGGCUCUUUAUAGUAUGGGCUCUGUAUAGUAUGGGCUCUGUAUAGUAUGGGCUCUGUAUAGUAUAGGCUCUGUAUAGUAUGGGCUCUGUAUAGUAUGGGCUCUGUAUAGUAUGGGCUCUGUAUAGUAUAGGCUCUGUAUAGUAUGGGCUCUGUAUAGUAUGGGCUCUGUAUAGUAUGGGCUCUGUAUAGUAUGGGCUCUGUAUAGUAUGGGCUCUGUAUAGUAUGGGCUCUGUAUAGUAUGGGCUAUGUAUAGCUCUGUAUAGUACUUUUAUCAGUCUAACAAUAUAUUUGGUUCUAUACUAAACCAUGUCAAUCAAGUCAAGACAUGUCAUGUCAAUGUUCAUCAGUAAAAAUGUUUUUGUUGUUGUUGUUGCUUAAAUUGUUGUCUCUGCCUCAUUUUUUUGUUUUCCCCCUAUUUCUUCCCCAGCUUCUGGAUGUUUCCCUCCAUGUGGUGAGUGACUGUUUCCUCCUCCAUUGUUCCUCCUGGCAUGACCUUCCUGUUGAACCUCAUGAACUCUUAGUAGCUCUCCUCAGCAAUGGCCGCUACGGCGUCAACGUGUUAGAAAGAUUCCAGCUAUUAUAUUAAUACAUCUUUGAUAGCAAGCUAGUUGUGCACAUGCUGUCAGUAUAAUAGUUAGUUAAAUAGUUAUACUAAGACAUGUUAUAUGAAGUAUUAAAUAUAUUUAAUUUCCUAUUGAAUUCCUAUGGUAUUUCCUUUCUAUUCUACCUUAUUCUAGAAACGUAUAGGCUAUGUGUUGCAUUUCCUCCCAUGGGUUCCUCAGGUUUUCAGGCAUCUGGUCAUGUCUACAACUGUAUCACCUGUCAGUAUGACUCCUGUGAGUUCCCACUUGACUGUCCAGGUGAGUAACAAAACACCACCACAUCAAAUCUAUUGAACAUUCACACCGAUUUGUUUCAUAACUCAAAUACCCUCGUCUCCCCAAUGUCUGGAUAAGCAAGACUUCAUUCUACACCCGCCUUGACACUGUCUGUGCAGGACUGUCUGUGUAGGACUGUCUGUGCAGGACUGUCUGUGUAGGACUGUCUGUGCAGGACUGUCUGUGUAGGACUGUCUGUGAAGGACUGUCUGUGUAGGACUGUCUGUGUAGGACUGUCUGUGUAGGACUGUCUGUGUAGGUCUGUCUGUGUAGGUCUGUCUGUGUAGGUCUGUCUGUGUAGGACUGUCUGUGUAGGUCUGUCUGUGCAGGGCUGUCUGUGCAGGGCUGUCUGUGCAGGGCUGUCUGUGCAGGGCUGUCUGUGUAGGUCUGUCUGUGUAGGUCUGUCUGUGCAGGUCUGUCUGUGUAGGACUGUCUGUGUAGGACUGUCUGUGCAGGGCUGUCUGUGUUGGUCUGUCUGUGUAGGACUGUCUGUGUAGGACUGUCUGUGAAGGUCUGUCUGUGUAGGAUUGUCUGUGCAGGACUGUCUGUGUAGGUCUGUCUGUGUAGGACUGUCUGUGCAGGUCUGUCUGUGUAGGACUGUCUGUGUAUGACUGUCUGUCUAGGUCUGUUUGUGUAGGACUGUCUGUAUAGGACUGCCUGUGAAGGGACUGUCUGUGUAGGACUGUCUGUGUAGGUCUGUUUGUGUAGAACUGUCUGUGUAGGACUGUCUGUGUAGGCUAUGCGUUACGUAACUGCAUUGUCCCCUUGUGAAAACAUCUACUUGGUGCCGUUCAUCCUUGAAAUGUUCUUAGCAGUAAAGUCAGAGAGGAUUUGAAAACGAAACCAAGGCUGUAGUUCUAUUUUUCACACAUAAUAUCUUUUUGCACAGAAAGCCUCCCUAGGUACCCUUUAAGUCCUUGGCUUCUUUAUGUAAGGUGACAGUCCCCGCCCACACACCAUGGUAUUCAUAUCCACCCAGUGCUGCACAAUUACUGUUCAGCAUAUCAUCCCUUUCAGUGCACCCCCCUAGAGGCUGUAUUUAAAUAUUGUCAUUAGGAAAAAUGUAUGCACUCACUAACUGUAAGUCGCUCUGGAUAAGAGCGUCUGCUAAAUGACUAAAAUGUCAAAUGUAAAAUGAGGGCUCAGACUGCCACUGUCUGCUGCCCCCUGAGAACUGCUUCACCACAAGGUGGAAGUGUGUGUGUGUCUACAGUAAAGAACAUCACAGUCAUGGAGAACAACCGGACACAGAUGAGGUGUGACGUCCCCUUUCCCCUGCCUUAUGAAAUGGAAGUGGUCUGGAGGUUUGCAGAGGAGGUCAGUGGAUGUUAUGGGAGGUAGCUAGUUCUCCUAUCCUUAGAGUGCCAAAGCCAGAGAUAAUGGCCUACCCCUAGCAUGUCCAUCACUAUACAGUACCCACUGCAAUUCCUCACAAUCAGGACCCAAGUAUGUCUUUAGAUGAGAAACUCUCCCAAAAAGAUGAGCUGAAUUAUUUAAGUCAAAUUAUGAAACCAGCCCUUUUCCUGAAACUCCCAUUUAGACAUUAUAUUUACAUUUCAGUCAUUUAGCAGACGCUCUUAUCCAGAGCGACUUACAGUUAGUGCAUACAUUUUCAUACUGGUCCCCCGUGGGAAACGAACCCACAACCCUGGCGUUGCAAGCGCCAUGCUCUACCAACUGAGCUACAGGGGACCUGUAGACAUGAUUCCUUUGUAGUGAGAACAGAUCAGAGGAUUGUGCAGUCAUGUUGUCCCCUGACUUGCAGAUCAGGACCCAGCAGGUGGAUCAGUUUGAGGAGGUGACAGUAGGGAUAGACAGGCUCUACUCUAUCCCCUCAGCUGGUCUGCGACACCAGGGUACAUUCCAGUGUGAGAUCUACUCUGACCAGCGCUCCUUAGUCAGACUCUACUACCACCUCAUAGGUAAUGCUAGUGUUGUAGAGAGACGUUCAUUCAAGUCCCAUAUUCCUUUAUGUGUGUUGUAUGGUGGUGACUCUCCAUUCACCAUCAAUGUGUAGCACGGUGGCCAUUUUGUGCCAGAGAGCUUCACCACACAUCUUUGUAUGUAUCUUUAUAGUCGAUGUAUCGCCUCUCCUUUUCUCUGUUCUCUGUGCUCUGAGUCUCUGACCUCUCUCUCCACCAUCUCUAUCUCUCCCUCCAUCUCUCCAUUCCCCCCUGCUUCUCAACCCGUCAACAGCUACUUCUCUGCUCUGUCAAUUCUCUCUCUAUCUCUCUCUCUCUCUCUCUCUCUCUCUCUCUUCUCUCUCUCGCUCUCUCUCUCUCUCGCUCUCUCUCUCUCUCUCUCUAUCUCUCUCUCCUCUCUCUUCUCCUUCUCUCUAUCUCUCUCUCUCUCCCUCUUCAUCUCCCUCUCCCCCCCCCCCCCCCCACCCCCCCCCUCUCUCUGACCCAGUCAUACCCCAGGUGGUGGUAGGCCACAGUGAGCUGCAGGAGAUAUUUGAUCUGUCUCUGCUUCCAGGGGGCCGGAUUGUCCCUGUGCCUGGUGGAUGGUCUCUCGCCCUCCUCCGUCUCCCCCCUCCCUCUCUCCUCACAGCCUGUCUGACUUCUCUGCUGCUGCUGCUCUUCCUCUCCCUGGGGUAAGUGACCAGAGCUGUAGAAAUACCCUUCACUGCUCACACACAAAGUACUGUCUUAGAAAAAAGGGUUCCAAAAGGGUUCUUUGGCUGUUCCCACAGAAUAACCCUUUUUGGUUCCAGGUAGAAUCCUGAUGAAGACAGCUUGGCUGUCGAAACGUUGUUAUUAAAUUAUUGCAUCUGAGAUCCUAGAAUGUGAGGCUCUCCUUUUCUUUUUCAAGAACUAUUUUGGGUUCCAUGUAGAACCCACUGGGGAAAGGGUUCUAUAUGGAACCCAAUAGGGUUCUACCUGGAACCAAAAGGGUUCUACUUGGAAACAAAACAUUUUUUCUAAAGGUUUUCCUAUGGCAGCGUUUCCCAAACUCGGUCCGAGUUUGGAAAACCCUGUCCUAUGGGGACAGCCGCAGAACCCUUUUAGGUUCUAGAUAGCACCUUUUGUAUACACUCUAUAUACAGUUGAAGUCGGAAGUUUACAAACACUUAGGUUGAAGUCAUUAAAACUAAAUUUUCAACCACUCCACAAAUUUCUUGGUAACAAACUAUAGUUUUGGCAAGUCGGUUAGGACAUCUACUUUGUGCAUGACACAAGUCAUUUUUCCAACAAUUGUUUACAGACAGAUUAUUUCACUUAUAAUUUACUGUAUCACAAUUCCAGUGGGUCAGAAGUUUACAUACACUAAGUGACUGUGCCUUUAAACAGCUUGGAAAAUUCCAGAAAAUUAUGUCAUUGCUUUAGAAGCUUCUGAUAGGCUAAUUGACAUCAUUUGAGUCAAUUGGAGGUGUACCUGUGGAUAUAUUUCAAGGCCUACCUUCAAACUCAGUGCCUCUUUGCUUGACAUCAUGGGAAAAUCUAAAGAAAUCCAAACGCCUGAAGGUCCCACGUUCAUCUGUACAAACAAUAGUACGCAAGUAUAAACACCAUGGGACCACGAAGCCGUCAUACCGCUCAGGAAGGAGACGCGUUCUGUCUCCUAGAGAUGAACGUACUUUGGUGCGAAAAUUGUAAAUCAAUCCCAGAACAACAGCAAAGGACCUUGUGAAGAUGCUGGAGGAAACAGGUACAAAAGUAUCUAUAUCCACAGUAAAACAAGUCCUAUGUUGACAUAACCUGAAAGGCCGCUCAGCAAGGAAGAAGCCACUGCUCCAAAACCGCCAUAAAAAAGCCAGACUACGGUUUGCAACAGAUCGUACUUUUUGGAGAAAUGUCCUCUGGUCUGAUGAAACAAAAAUAGAACUGUUUCGCCAUUAUGACCAUCGUUAUGUUUGGAGGAAAAAUGGGUUAGGCUUGCAAGCCGAAGAACACCAUCCCAACCGUGAAGCACGGGGGUGGCAGCAUCAUGCUGUGGGGGUGCUUUGCUGCAGGAGGGACUGGUGCACUUCACAAAAUAGAUGGCAUCAAGAGGAAGGAAAAUUAUGUGGAUAUAUUGAAGCAACAUCUCAAGACCUCAGUCAGGAAGUUAAAGCUUGGUCGCAAAUGGGUCUUCCAAAUGAACAAUGACCCCAAGCAUACUUCCAAAGUUGUGACAAAAUGGCUUAAGGACAACAAAGUCAAGGUAUUGGAGUGGCCAUCACAAAGCCCUGACCUCAAUCCUAUAGAAAAUUGGUGGGCAGAACUGAAAAUGUGUGUGCGAGCAAGGAGGCCUACUAACCUGACUCCGUUACACCAGCUCUGUCAGGAGGAAUGGGCCAAAAUUCACCCAACUUAUUGUGGGAAGCUUGUGGAAGGCUACCCGACACCUUUGACCCAAGUUAAACAAUUUAAAGGCAAUGCUACCAAAUACUAAUUGAGUGUAUGUAAACUUCUGACCCAUUGGGAAUGUGAUUAAAUAAAUAAAAGCUGAAAUAAAUCAUUCUCUCUACUAUUAUUCUGACAUUUCACAUUCUUAAAAUAAAGUGGUGAUCCUAACUGACCUAAGACAGGGAAUUUUUACUAGGAUUAAAUGUCAGGAAUUGUGAAAAACUGAGUUUAAAUGUAUUUGGCUAAGGUGUAUGUAAACUUCCGACUUCAACUGUACCCUCUUUGUCAGUGUCCCAGCUCACAUACACAGAGCUGUAGACAUACCUUUGACUGUGUUAGUAUCCCUCCUCCCUCACAGAUGGAGACAAUCAUUUAUAUUCUAUAGGCUAUAGUAUACACAGUUAUUAAUGCAGGUAGUGCCUUAAUACCCCUUAGCCAUGGCAUAUUCACCAUACCAUGCUUUAUUAAAGCCAUGUUCCUUUGACAGCAUUGGAUUGCUUUUUUGCCAUGCUGCCAAUAAAGAUUAUUUGAAUCUGAAUGUAACUUAAUCAGAGAAAGGGCUAUCCCUGUCAAAUAUGGACAGGCAGCUUCAAAUCCUAUCAUAUCUUGUUUCCAGAACAGCAAUGAGGUUCAUGUUUGCUCAGCAACAGUGACACUAUAUCUCAUUUCUUGGGGCCUGAAAAGAUAUGGCCACUUAAAGUUCCUAUAGAACAAAAAAUAUUAGAUUCUCCCUCCAAAAUGACACAUAUCCAGGCUCAUAUGAUAGCCAUCAUACCCGACUCAGCACUCAUGCCAGAACUUUUUUAUUUAUGCAUUAUGUCAUGUGUAUAUUAUAGAUAUUAUGAAGGGGACAUCCAAGUCUAGAUAUCCUAGUCAAGAUUACAUAUGUGUACCUGGUUGUUACAGGAUUCUGCACUGGUGGUCGAUAAAGAAGGAGAAGAGUGAUGUGGAGCAAGCUGAAGACGAUCCAGAUUCAAGGUGUCCAGUGCGGGAGAUAUAUCUGCUGCAAUAA